UGGCUGGGGUCCGCGCGCUCGCGGCAGCUCCCCGUGGAGGUCACUGCCCGUGCCGGUCCCUCCCGCUGUCCCGCCCUCUCCCGCUGCUGCUGCCGCCGCCGCCGCCGCCGCCGCGCCCGCCUCAGCGCCCCCACUCCGCGCUCGGGAGCGAGGAGCCGCCAGCGCCCCCGCCCCGCCGCCGCCGCAGCGCCCUCCGGCCGCCAUUCGCCACCGAAACUUUCCAGCGCCCGCGCUCUCUCCGGGACUCGGCGGCGGCGGGGCGGGGGCGGCCCGGGGGCGGCGCGCGGCUGCUCCGGGGCGCCGGGCCCUCUUCGGCCGCCGCACGGCCGGGGCUCGGAGGCUGCCGGCCGGAGGGAGGUUCGGAGCGCGGCCGGGCGCGCGGCGCCGCCACAAGUUGCGCUGCUCGCGACGAGAUUUCCGUGAGGGUGGAAGAAAAUCAUACCAUAUCAGAUGCCUCGCAGAGCACCAGGCCCACCGUGAAAGGUUUUUCCCACUCGGCUUUCACAUUUGGGAUUGAGAGCCACAUCAGCCAGUCCAACAUCAAUGGGACGCUAGUGCCACCGGCCGCCCUCAUCUCCAUUCUCCAGAAGGGCCUGCAGUAUGUAGAGGCCGAGAUCAGUAUCAACGAGGAUGGCACAGUGUUCGACGGCCGCCCCAUAGAGUCCCUGUCACUGAUAGACGCCGUGAUGCCCGACGUGGUGCAGACGCGGCAGCAGGCAUUCCGAGAGAAGCUCGCUCAGCAGCAAGCCAGUGCGGCGGCGGCAGCAGCUGCGGCCACGGCAGCAUCGACAGCAGCCACCACGACCUCAGCCGGCGUUUCCCAGCAAAAUCCAUCGAAGAACAGAGAGGCCACGGUGAAUGGGGAAGAGAACAGAGCACAUUCAGUCAAUAAUCACGCGAAGCCAAUGGAAAUAGAUGGAGAGGUUGAGAUUCCAUCCAGCAAAGCCACAGUCCUUCGGGGCCAUGAGUCCGAGGUGUUCAUUUGUGCCUGGAAUCCUGUCAGUGAUUUGCUAGCCUCUGGAUCCGGAGACUCAACUGCAAGGAUAUGGAACCUAAAUGAGAAUAGCAACGGGGGCUCCACCCAGCUCGUGUUGAGGCACUGUAUACGAGAAGGGGGCCAUGACGUCCCGAGUAACAAAGAUGUCACCUCACUGGACUGGAAUACCAAUGGAACACUCUUGGCUACAGGUUCAUAUGACGGUUUUGCAAGAAUAUGGACGGAAGAUGGUAACCUGGCCAGCACCUUAGGCCAACAUAAAGGCCCCAUCUUUGCCUUGAAAUGGAACCGAAAGGGGAAUUACAUUUUGAGUGCUGGUGUAGACAAAACGACAAUAAUUUGGGAUGCCCACACAGGAGAAGCCAAACAGCAGUUUCCUUUUCAUUCGGCCCCCGCCCUUGAUGUGGACUGGCAGAACAACACGACCUUUGCCUCCUGUAGCACAGACAUGUGUAUCCAUGUGUGCAGGCUCGGCUGUGACCGCCCAGUCAAAACCUUCCAGGGACACACAAACGAGGUCAACGCCAUCAAAUGGGAUCCUUCUGGAAUGUUGCUGGCGUCCUGCUCGGAUGACAUGACAUUGAAGAUCUGGAGCAUGAAACAGGAGGUGUGCAUCCAUGAUCUUCAGGCUCACAAUAAAGAGAUCUACACCAUCAAGUGGAGCCCCACUGGGCCCGCCACCAGCAACCCAAACUCCAACAUCAUGUUGGCAAGUGCUUCGUUUGAUUCUACGGUGCGACUGUGGGACAUAGAGCGAGGCGUCUGCACCCACACGCUCACGAAGCAUCAGGAGCCUGUCUACAGCGUAGCUUUCAGCCCUGAUGGGAAGUACUUGGCCAGCGGAUCCUUCGACAAGUGCGUCCAUAUCUGGAAUACUCAGAGUGGAAACCUCGUCCACAGCUACCGAGGCACUGGCGGCAUCUUCGAGGUGUGCUGGAACGCCCGAGGAGACAAAGUGGGCGCCAGCGCGUCCGACGGCUCUGUGUGUGUUUUGGAUCUGCGGAAGUAACCACAAAAUAUUAUCGAAAAAAGAAAAGAAUUCUAAUGACCAGCCGUGAAUGUGUAGGGUUGCAGCUCUAUUCUCCAAAACUGUAGGAACUUGACUUGCGUUAGAGUGUACUCUGAAACCAACUCGUCUCUGGCCGCAGGAGUCUAUAUGUUUUCGUAAUCUUCAUCAAGAAGUUUUUAAAAGGCAAGCAAAAACAGAAGCAAAUCACAUCAAACGGGGAUAGAAUGGUUUCCACUGAGGACAUUCAGCCUGGGAAGGAGGAAGUCACUAGCUCGAGGCGUGUGGAUUGGUUUCCACCCGGAACAGGCUCUGUGAUGGCUGAAUGGAAAGAAAUGUAAAAAGCUGUGCCAAAAAAAAAGCAAAAUGCUGUGAUAAACCAAACAGGGAUGGGGAAAAAAACCCUCCUCCUUGGGAUUUUUUGUUUGUUUUCCCUAACAAUUUGGACACUACAGUUGCUCUCACAAAGGAUGUUCAAAGACCAGUUUGUACCGAUGAAAUGCGCAACUUUGUAAUCCCAACACUUUCUAUUUUCUAGAAUCUUCUUUGUUCAUUGGGUGGUUUUUCUAUCGGCUGGAAUUCUGUCUUCUGGGGGCCUUCUGUCUGAGAUGGAAGCUGUCUUGGGCUUGUUGUCUCUUCCCUCUGUUGCUCCCUGCCCCUCCCCCUGCCUUUCCACUCUGUCUGGUGAGCUCUGCUUUUUCAGUGCACCCUCAAGAGAUGCAGCCCCGUGGACAUGAAGACACAAUCUCCCACCGACAGCUUUCCCCUUCCGCCCUCUCCCACCCUCUCCUCCCCUUGCGCUCGCGCUCGCUUUCUCACUGGCGUUCUCUCUCUCUCUGUCUCUCUCUCUCUCUCUCUCUCUCUCCCCCCCUCCCUCCCUCCCUCCCUCCCCCUCCCCCCUCCCUCCCUCCCCCUCCCUCCCUCCCUCCCCCCCUCCCCCCCUCCCUCCCUCCCCCCCUCCCUCUGUACCUUUCUCAUAGUUGCUUCAGAUCUUAGGUCUCAAGGGCACUUUGGCGCGUAGUAAGUGCUUUAUGUAAGAAGGCAGGGCAGGGGGGCUUUUUACAGGAGAAAAAAAAUGACUUAUAAGAGAAAGAGCCUGGAGUAUUUUUGGAAAAAAAUAAUAUUUUUAUGUUAAAACAAUUUUAAAAUCUUAAAAUGGCCAUCAGACAUAGAGAGCUUUGUGUGAUUCAUGUUUUAAAAAGAACCGAAGAAGCCGCAGGCAGGGCCUGAGGGAGCCCCUGGCUUUCCCCUCAGCCUCAGGAAAGGUGGUCAGGGAAACUCUGGCUGGACAAGGGUCAGUCUUAGGGGUCAGCAGCGAGAUUGCUCUGCAGCCAGUGAGGGAGGUCCCAGCCAUGCCGGCUGGAAGAAGAACCUCGCAUCUUUUGGUGUGUACGCACCUUGGCAGCCAGCAGGAAAGCAGCGAAGAGCCGCGCGCCCUCUGGCCUCGAGGGAGCAUUGGCAGAACGAUAAGGUACUGCGGAAGCCGUCGAAACCGACAGCUCGGCUGGAUUAGGCGUGUUGGCUAUGUCUUUCCCACAGCUAUAUAACGACCGAUGGUCAUUUCUCCAAGAGCAGGCUUGGCGAGUCCUUGCAGAGCUGACAUAGAGGCUCCCGCAUGUCACUUAGUCUAACGCUGACAGAAAUGAAUGCAGAAGGAAGAUUUUCAGUCCUGAGCGUGAAUUAUAGAGGUAGAAUGUCGCUAAUAAUUUCUGCCAUCUUUAUAAUUUCUUUCUCUCACAGAAGACUAGGAGAAAGAUCUUUUUUAAAUAAUCUUUUUGCUGUUUUUAAAAAAUUAAACAAGGCUUUGUGUUCCUAGAAGAGCUUCAUUUCAGUGAAUCUGGUGACCUUCAUCUGCUUGCUGUCAUAACCCGACACUGACUUAUUUUUUUCAUUAGCAAGGGGGAAAAGGCCAAAGGACAAGGGCUUCUUCUCCUGUUGGUUUUCCUGUGGGCAGAAGGGCUGAGGAAGUUGGCCCGGCCCGUGGGGGCUGCUGUGUCACCAGCAGUGGGUAGGGUGCAAUCUGGUGUGCCAGCAGCGAGACGGUGUUAUUGUGAAGGUGGCAUUCAUCUGCGGAGCCAAAACCCAGCCGUCAGGGAAGGGUCAGGGCUUCCUAUGGAACUUGGAAUGUGCCAGGACCACCUGCAGAAGCCAGGGUGCAUUGAUCAUUCUCAGAUCAUUGAUUGGCCUCCACUUGGGUAUGUGAAUUAUUCAUGUCCCAGAAGACCAAAAAGUGCUCUGGUUCGAGAUGAGUAUUUUAUUCGGGCUCUGUUUCCGAAACACUUAGCGAGGAAGGUCACAGUGAUGUGGACUCGCCGCACCCAUCUUUGAAGAUAGCCAGUGUCCCCGGAUGAGGUGAUGAUUUCCCAUCCGAAGGACCCCGUUAAGUUUAGAGUACAGUGUGUUGGGGUCCAAAAGACACCAUCUCUACCCCACCCAAAUAAAAAUGCACUCAUCUCUGCAGAACAUCUGCUGUCAAAGGCCAGCCUGUCGUUAGGACAUGGCUUGUGCUUGACAAACCAGUAACAACUGUGGGAUGGCGAUGGUGGGGUGUGUCACAAGCAAUUCACUAGACAAUCUUCACAUGAAUGUCGGUAGCCAGGGUCUCUCCCGAGGGAUGGCUUUAGUCUUGAUGAAUGUGAACCAUGUCGGAAUUGUUAGGUAGAAACCUGGGCUGGGAGGCCUCGGACCCCAGGCUCCAUCCCUGGCUUCCCCAGCCUGCAGCCGCAAGCAAAACCAAGCGCAAGAUGCAGCUAGCACCCUUCAUAUCCAUCCCCGUUCUCAGCAGGACGACACCAUGGACAGCUGUUUUCGGAGCCUCCAGCAUUUGCACACCACUAUUCACCCUCUCUGCUGCUGGAAUGUUGGUAGAGUCAUCCCUGUGAUCAAGAAAUGGCCUGUGGAAUGUUAUUGUUCAACGUUGUUUACAGCUCUUAAAACAUGGUGAGGAAUGCCUAAGUCUUAGUGACCAAACGUGACCUUGAAAGCAGACAUAGCAUGACAGACCUUCCUAGAGUGUUUGGUCGGGUUCACAGUGACCAAGAGUCAGGUCCCGCACACACCUGGGAAAGGGAUACUGCCCCAAGGGGGACCAAAAAGGCCGGACGUUACAGGGUGAAACCCUCUGACCCCUCGCAACACCAUAGGACUUGACUUUUGUUUAGUCUUUCUAAGAAAUAGAUCAUGGAGCCAAGUGAAGUGCACUUUGUCAAAUGUAAGGGUCUGCUUUGUUCUUGUUGCUUUUCUCUUUUUUAACCUUUUGUUCCGCCAUUUAAAAAAAAAAAAAAAAAAAAAGCUUAUGUUUCUUGUCAAAUGCAGAAAUGUUCCUUCCGCCACUCACUGAAGUUUUGCAUUCUGGCUUGUGCAGUUUUUAUUGUCUGUGUCAGACGUACAGCCAGACGUGUUCUCUAUUGGCAUUUUUCCGAUUCUGUUCAGAUGACAUUGACCGCCGUUUCAUUCCCCCCGCCACCUGUACUCACCCUCACGCUCUUUGAAGAAAAAAAAAAAUCACCUUGUGUGUUGUAGCUCAUUUGUUUCAAGAGAGAAUCAACAGAUCAUAUUCAGUGUCUUGAAUAAAUUGCUCUAUUUUGAUAUUAGAGAA